CGGCGCGGGAUUCCCGAGCGCGUUCCUCGUCCCGCCCCUCAGCCGCCGCGCGCGCUUUCUCUCUCUCCAGUUGCCCCCUCAAUUGCCCCGUCGUCACCUGUGACUGGAAAAGAAGAUUCCCAGCCACCGCCGCCACCUCCCUCAGCGGGGCGGAGGGGGUUUUUUUUAGGGGGGGGAGAGAAGAGAAGAGAGAAAACGACUCCCUUCGCUUUCCCGCCUUUCCCACCCCUGUUUCGUGAGGGCUGCGAGAAGGUUGCUGCGGCUGCUUUGCCUUGGGCUUUGGCGGGUGCGCUCGCUCGCUCGCUCCUGCUGCCGCCGCUGCGCCGCUCCAGCCUCCUUCCCCUCUCUGUGGGAAGGGAUGGUUGAGUCCAGCAGCAGCAGGAGCGGCGGCGGCGGCGGCGGCAGCAGCAGCAGCUCCUUCUUGCGCUGCUAGCAGCCUGUCAAGCUUGCCGCGCUCUCCCGGCUCGGCUGCGUCCCUCAGCUUCUCCUCCUCGCCGUGUCAGGAGCAACCCGCUAUUUCCAUUUGGUUCUCUCCACUCUCCCUCGCGCGCCUUUCUUUUUAUUUGCCGCUGCCGCCCGCGUCUCCUCUGGCUUCCCUCCUCACUCGAUGCCCGGCCGCGUCUCCUCCUCUCCCCACCGCCGCCGUCGCCACCUCUCCACGCUCGUCGUCGACGUCUCCGCUGUCUUGGGGCAGCUGGUGGUUUUCGCCUCAGACUCGGGAGAGCCGCUGGCGGAGGAGGCUCUCGCCGCUCCUCUCCCUCAGCCUGGUCUCCCCGCGCGCUCUCCGCCCCGCAGUGGCUCGCCGGCACUUGAUGCUAUGAGAAGGCGGCGAGCCGAGGCAACCAGCAGUCCUGCAGGAGGCGUCGAAUGCUGCGCCGCCGCCGCUGCUGCCACUCGCGGCACCUGGAGCUCCCCUCGCUGCUGCUGCUGCUGCCGCCGCCGCCGCCGACACCACCACCUCCUUCUUCUCCUUCUCCUCCGCCUGGCUUCGCCCUCUGGUGAUUCUUUCGCCCCGCGGGCACUUCUGGCGAGGGAGGGAGCCCGCGCUCGCAGCUGAGAGGCGCCGCGGCGAGGUGCUCCGACCGACCGGUCAAGCAGCCAACCAACCGGCGUUGCAACCCCCCCCUCCACCCCCCCACCCCGGGUCUCAGCCUGCCUCCUCCGAGCUCCCGCUCGCGCCUUUCCCUCUCUCUCUAUGUGUGUGGAAUAAACUGCAGACAUGACUGCGUGGAGGCAAUUCGAGGCUGGGCUGCUGGUGCUCUGCGCGGGGCUCGUCGCCGCAGCUCAGGGUCAGAACUGUGGAGGGUUAGUACAGGGUCCAAAUGGUACAAUAGAAAGCCCAGGAUUUCCUCAUGGCUAUCCAAAUUAUGCCAAUUGCACAUGGAUCAUUAUCACAGGAGAGCGUAACAGGAUACAAUUAUCAUUUCAUACGUUUGCCCUUGAAGAAGAUUUUGAUAUUUUGUCUGUUUAUGAUGGGCAACCACAGCAAGGAAACCUGAAAGUGAGGCUUUCUGGAUUUCAGCUGCCAUCCUCCAUAGUGAGCACAGGAUCAAUUAUGACUCUCUGCUUCACUACAGACUUCGCUGUGAGUGCUCAAGGAUUCAAGGUGAUAUAUGAAGUGCUGCCUAGCCAUACAUGCGGCAAUCCUGGCGAAAUACCAAAAGGAGUUCUUCAUGGCACAAGAUUCAAUAUUGGAGAUAAAAUUCGGUACAGCUGCAUGUCCGGCUAUAUCCUCGAAGGCCAUGCUAUGUUGACAUGUAUCAUGAGUCCUGGAAAUGGAGCAUCAUGGGAUUUUCCAGUUCCAUUUUGCAGAGCUGAAGGUGCUUGUGGAGGAACUCUCCGUGGGACAAGUGGAAUUAUUUCAAGUCCUCACUUUCCUUCUGAGUAUGAUAACAAUGCUGAUUGCACAUGGACCAUUCUAGCUGAGCCAGGAGAUACCAUUGCUUUGGUUUUUACGGAUUUCCAACUAGAGGAAGGCUACGAUUUCUUAGAGAUCAGUGGCACUGAAGCACCAUCAAUAUGGUUGACAGGCAUGAAUCUUCCCUCUCCUGUUAUCAGCAGCAAAAACUGGUUACGGCUCCAUUUCACUUCUGACAGUAAUCACAGGCGGAAAGGAUUUAAUGCCCAGUUUCAAGUGAAAAAGGCAAUUGAACUAAAAUCAAGAGGGGUCAAGAUGCUACCUAACAAAGACAGCAACCACAAGAAUUCCGUCUUGAGUCAAGGUGGCGACGCAGUUGCAUCAGACACAUGUCCUGAUCCAGGUGUUCCUGAAAAUGGGAAAAGAACAGGCUUGGAUUUCCGGGUCGGUGCUAGUGUUCAGUUCAGCUGUGAAGACAAUUAUGUGCUCCAAGGUACGAAAAGCAUCACUUGUCAAAAGGUGACAGAUACGCUGGCUGCUUGGAGUGACCAUAGGCCAACAUGCCGUGCUAGAACAUGUGGUUCCAACCUCCGUGGACCAAGUGGUAUCAUCACAUCGCCCAAUUAUCCCGUUCAGUAUGAGGACAAUGCACAUUGUGUGUGGGUUAUAACAACACUUGAUCCAGGAAAGGUCAUAAAGCUUGCCUUUGAAGAAUUUGAGCUAGAAAGAGGAUACGACACCCUGACAGUAGGAGACGCUGGAAAAGUGGGAGAUACCAGAACAGUGUUGUAUGUGCUGACUGGCUCUAGUGUCCCUGAUCUCAUAGUGAGCAUGAGCAACCAAAUGUGGCUCCAUUUGCAGUCGGAUGACAGCAUUGGCUCACCUGGAUUCAAAGCUGUAUAUCAAGAAAUAGAGAAAGGCGGCUGUGGUGAUCCUGGGAUUCCGUCCUACGGGAAGAGGACUGGCAAUAGUUUUCUACACGGAGACACACUUACUUUUGAAUGUCAAGCGGCCUUUGAACUUGUGGGAGAGAGAAUGAUCACAUGCCAGCAGAAUAACCAGUGGUCCGGCAAUAAACCCAGUUGUGUUUUCUCAUGUUUCUUCAACUUCACAACACCUUCAGGAAUUAUACUUUCACCAAACUACCCUGAGGAGUAUGGAAACAACAUGAAUUGUGUAUGGUUGAUAAUUUCAGAACCAGGAAGCAGAAUACAUCUUAUUUUCAAUGACUUUGAUGUAGAGCCUCAGUUUGAUUACCUGACAGUGAAGGAUGAUGGGAUUUCUGACUUACCAGCACUCGGUACUUUUUCUGGCAAUGAUGUGCCUUCCCAAAUAGCUAGCAAUGGGCACAUAGUACGUCUUGAAUUUCAGUCGGAUCAUUCCACUACAGGAAGAGGAUUCAAUAUAUCAUACACGACAUUUGGUCAGAAUGAGUGUCAUGAUCCAGGAAUCCCCAUAAACGGAAAGCGCUUUGGAGACAGAUUCCUUCUAGGAAGUUCUGUUUCUUUUCAUUGCGACGAUGGCUUUGUGAAAACCCAGGGCUCAGAGACCAUAACUUGUGUUAUGCAGGAUGGAAAUGUUGUGUGGAGUUCAACUGUUCCGAGAUGUGAAGCACCUUGCGGUGGACACCUGACAGCAUCUAGUGGCGUUAUCUUGCCACCAGGAUGGCCAGGUUACUACAAAGACUCGUUAAACUGUGAAUGGGUAAUCGAGGCAAAACAAGGGCACUCUAUCAAGAUCACAUUUGAUAAGUUCCAGACAGAAGUAAAUUACGAUACACUGGAAGUCAGAGAUGGGCCGACGAGUUCUUCUCCAUUAAUUGGGGAAUACCAUGGCACACAAGCACCACAGUUCCUUAUUAGCACUGGGAAUUUCAUGUAUCUCCUGUUCACUACAGAUAACAGCCGUUCAAGUGUUGGUUUCUUGAUUCACUAUGAAAGUGUUACACUGGAAUCGGAUUCCUGCCUUGACCCAGGUAUUCCUGUGAAUGGCCAUCGGCAUGGUAAUAACUUCAGCAUCCGAUCGACAGUCACUUUUAGCUGUGAUCCAGGUUACACUCUGAGUGAUGAUGAACCACUUGUGUGUGAACGAAAUCAUCAGUGGAACCAUGCACUACCUAGCUGCGAUGCUCUGUGUGGUGGCUAUAUUCAUGGGAGAAGUGGAACCAUUCUAUCACCAGGCUUUCCUGAUUUUUAUCCAAAUUCUUUAAACUGCACAUGGACAAUCGAAGUUUCUCAUGGCAAGGGAGUACAACUGAUCUUCCACACCUUUCACCUGGAGAGCUCCCAUGACUAUUUGCUCAUCACUGAAGAUGGAAGCUUCACAGAACCUGUGGCCAGAUUAACAGGGUCCGUUUUGCCUCCUACCAUCAAAGCUGGACUCUUUGGAAACUUCACGGCACAACUUCGGUUUAUUUCUGAUUUUUCCAUUUCCUACGAAGGCUUUAAUAUAACAUUUUCAGAAUAUGACCUGGAACCCUGUGAUGAUCCUGGUGUUCCUGCCUUCAGUCGAAGAAUAGGAUUUCAUUUUGGCGUCGGAGAUUCCUUAACGUUUUCUUGCUUCCCUGGAUAUCGCUUGGAAGGUGCGGACAAGCUUGCGUGCCUGGGUGGCGGCCGCCGUGUAUGGAGUGCACCUCUGCCAAGGUGUGUGGCUGAAUGUGGAGCAAGUGUGUCUGGGAAUGAAGGAACACUGCUGUCCCCAAAUUUUCCAUCUAACUAUGACAACAACCAUGAAUGCAUUUAUAAAAUUGAAACUGAGCCUGGGAAAGGGAUCCACUUGAGAGCCAGAACCUUUCAGCUGCAUGAAGGCGACACUGUUAAGGUAUAUGAUGGAAAAGACAGCUCAUCGCGUCUGUUGGGGUCCUUUACAAAAAACGAAUUGAUAGGACUCAUUCUCAAUAGCACAUCUAACCACUUAUGGAUAGAGUUUAAUUCUAACGGAUCAGAUACAGAUCAAGGAUUUCAGCUCACAUAUACAAGCUUUGAUUUAGUGAAAUGUGAGGAUUCUGGAACACCAAACUAUGGCUACAAGAUUCGCGAUGAAGGCCAUUACACAGAUACGGUUGUUUUGUACAGUUGCAAUCCAGGCUACACAAUGCACGGUAGCAGCACUAUUACCUGCCUAAGUGGAGAUCGAAGAGUUUGGGACAAGCCUUUGCCGACUUGUACAGCUGAAUGUGGUGGACGUAUUCACGCUGCUACUUCAGGCCGCAUUCUGUCUCCUGGUUAUCCAGCUCCAUAUGACAACAAUCUUCAUUGUACUUGGAUUAUAGAAGCAGACCCAGGGAGGACAAUUAGUCUGCAUUUUAUUGUUUUUGACACUGAGGUGGCUCAUGACAUACUCAAAGUGUGGGAUGGUCCUGUUGAAAGCAGUAUUCUACUGAAAGAGUGGAGUGGCUCAGCUCUUCCUGAAGAUAUUUAUAGUACUUUCAACUCCCUGACUUUGCAAUUUGACAGUGACUUCUUCAUCAGCAAAUCAGGAUUUUCUAUCCAGUUUUCAACAUCAGUUGCAUCAACCUGUAACGAUCCUGGAACGCCUCAGAACGGCAGCAGAUAUGGAGACAGCAGAGAACCUGGGGAUGCCAUCACCUUCCAGUGCGACCCAGGGUAUCAGCUCCAAGGGCAGGAUAAAAUUACUUGUGUGCAGCUGAAUAAUCGGUUCUUUUGGCAACCUGAUGCACCCACAUGUAUAGCUGCAUGUGGUGGAAACCUCACAGGCCCAGCAGGUGUUAUUUUAUCACCAAACUACCCGCAGCCGUAUCCUCCUGGGAAGGAGUGUGACUGGAGAAUAAAAGUAAACCCUGAUUUUGUCAUUGCCUUGAUAUUCAAAAGUUUCAACAUGGAACCCAGUUAUGAUUUUUUGCAUAUUUAUGAAGGAGAAGAUUCCAACAGCCCUCUAAUUGGCAGUUUUCAAGGCUCGCAGGCACCUGAAAGAAUAGAAAGCAGUGGUAAUAACCUAUUUCUGGCAUUUCGUAGUGAUGCUUCCGUCGGCAUGUCAGGAUUUGCCAUUGAAUAUAAAGAAAAACCACGGGAAGCUUGUUUCGACCCUGGCAACAUAAUGAAUGGAACUAGAAUUGGAGCAGACUUUAAACUCGGAUCGAGUAUUACUUACCAGUGUGAUUCUGGCUACAAAAUUAUCGAUCCUUCCACUAUCACUUGUGUGAUUGGUGCGGAUGGAAAACCUGCAUGGAACAGAGUGUUGCCAUCUUGCAAUGCUCCCUGUGGGGGUCAGUAUAUUGGCUCAGAUGGAGUAGUUCUAUCACCAAAUUACCCUCAAAACUACACCGUUGGGCAGACUUGUCAAUAUUCAAUUACUGUGCCUAAGGAAUUUGUUGUGUUUGGACAAUUUGCCUAUUUUCAAACAGCUCUAAACGAUGUAGUGGAAUUAUUUGAUGGAGAAUAUCCACAGGCUAGACUUCUGAGUUCACUUUCUGGAUCUCACUCAGGAGAGACUUUGCCCUUAGCCACAUCCAAUCAGAUUCUCUUGAGGUUUAGUGCCAAGAGUGGAGCAUCUGCCAGGGGCUUCCAUUUUGUCUAUCAAGCUGUUCCACGAACCAGUGAUACACAAUGCAGCUCCGUUCCAGAGCCGAGAUACGGUAGAAGGAUUGGCUCUGAAUUCUCAGCCGGUUCCGUGGUUCGCUUUGAAUGUAGUCCUGGCUAUCUUCUGCAAGGCUCCAAAGCCAUCCGCUGCCAGUCUGUGCCCAAUGCUUUAGCUCAGUGGAACGACACAGUGCCAAGCUGUGUGGUGCCAUGCAGUCGAAAUUUCACUGAACGGAGGGGUACUAUAUUGUCUCCAGGCUAUCCCGAACCUUAUGGUAACAGCUUGAAUUGUGUGUGGAAAAUCAUAGUGACUGAGGGAUCAGGUAUUCAGAUCCAGGUCAUAAGCUUUGCCACUGAGCAUAACUGGGACUCUCUUGAAAUCUAUGACGGUGGUGACUUGACAGCACCAAGGCUUGGAAGUUUUUCAGGUACUACAGUGCCAGCAUUGUUGAACAGCACCUCCAAUCAACUUUACUUGCACUUCCACUCUGAUAUUAGCGUGGCAGCUGCUGGUUUUCACCUCGAGUACAAAACUGUAGGCCUUGCUGCCUGCCCAGAACCAGUAAUUCCUAGCAAUGGAUUCAAAAUGGGCGAUAGAUAUAUGGUGAAUGAUGUUUUGUCAUUUCAGUGUGAGCCAGGAUACACAUUACAGGGGCGCUCUCAUAUUUCUUGUAUGCCUGGAACAGUUCGCCGUUGGAACUACCCUUCUCCUCUAUGUAUAGCCAAAUGUGGUGGGACACUGACAAAUAUGGCUGGAGUGAUACUGAGCCCAGGGUUCCCAGGAAACUAUCCCAGUAACCUGGGCUGCGUGUGGAAGAUAUUAUUGCCUGUUGGAUAUGGGGCACAUAUACAGUUUCUGAACUUCUCCACCGAAGCUAACCAUGACUUCCUUGAAAUCCAGAAUGGUCCAUAUCACACUAGCUCUAUGAUUGGCCAGUUCAGUGGAACAGACCUCCCGCCAUCUUUAUUAAGCACAACGCAUGAAACUCUCAUCCAUUUUUACAGUGAUCACUCGGAAAAUAGGCAAGGAUUUAAACUUGUAUAUCAAGCAUAUGAAUUACAAAAUUGUCCAGAUCCUCCUCCGUUUUUCAAUGGAUAUAUCAUUAAUUCCGAUUACAGCGUGGGCCAGUCAAUAUCUUUUGAGUGCUAUCCAGGAUAUGUAUUGAUUGGUCCUUCUGUUCUCACUUGCCACCAUGGGAUCAACAGGAACUGGAACUACCCCUUUCCAAAAUGUGAAGCUCCUUGUGGCUAUAAUGUAACAUCUGAAAAUGGUACUGUGUACUCCCCAGGAUUUCCAGAUGAAUAUCCAAAUUCAAAAGAUUGUACGUGGCUUAUUACUGUGCCCCAGGGCCAUGGAAUCUAUAUCAAUUUCACCUUACUCCAAACAGAACUAGUGAAUGACUACAUUGCAGUUUGGGAUGGGCCAGACCAAAAUUCUCCUCAGCUGGGAGUGUUCAGCGGGAAUACAGCUCUUGAGACAGCUUAUAGCUCAAGCAAUCAAGUCCUUCUCAAGUUUCACAGUGACUUCUCCACUGGAGGGUUCUUUGUUCUCAAUUUUCAUGCGUAUCAGCUGAAGAAGUGCCAGCCUCCGCCAACAGUUCCACAAGCUGAAUUGCUUACAGAAGAUGACGAUUUUGAAAUAGGUGACUUUGCCAAGUACAAGUGCCAUCCUGGCUAUACAUUGGUUGGGAAUGACAUGAUGUUCUGCAAGCUUAAAGCACAACUCCAGUUUGAUGGUUCUCCUCCAUCUUGUGAAGCACAAUGCCCAGCAAAUGAAGUCCGCACAGAUUCAUCUGGAGUAAUCCUUAGUCCAGGAUAUCCGGAGAACUACCCAAACUCACAAACUUGUUCCUGGACUCUUAAAGUGGAUCCAAAUUAUAAUAUCUCUAUCUUUGUAGAAACAUUUCAAAGUGAAAAACAGUUUGAUGAGCUGGAAAUCUUUGAUGGUUCUUCCGGACAAAGCCCUUUGUUGGUUGCGUUGAGCGGAAAUCACACCGGGCAGCUUAACUACACAAGCAAAUCCAAUCAGUUGUAUCUGCGUUGGUCAACUGACCAUGCAACGAGUAAGAAAGGAUUCAAGAUACGUUAUUCAGCUCCUUACUGCAGCUUAAACCAUAUUGUGAAGAAUGGUGGAAUUGUAAAUAAAACCAGGGGUACAGCUGGCAGCACCGUUCGCUAUUAUUGUAAACCUGGAUAUAGAAUAAUUGGCCAUAGCAAUGCAACUUGUAGACGUCACCCAAAUGGCAUGUAUCAAUGGGAUUUCCCUGUUCCUCUCUGUCAAGCUGUAUCUUGUGGUAUUCCGGAAUCUCCCGGAAAUGGCUCAGUCUGGGGUAAUGAGUUUAUUUUGGGCAGCAGAGUGAUAUAUGAAUGUAAUGAGGGCUUCAAGCUAGAUUCUAGUCAACAAGCAACAGCAGUGUGUCAAGAAGAUGGAUUGUGGAGCAAUAAAGGAAGGCCACCCGUCUGUAAACCUGUGACUUGCCCCAGCAUUGAGAGCCUGCUCUCAGAACAUGUUGUCUGGAGACUGAUUUCUGGGUCGGUGAAUGAGUUUGGCGCACAAGUCAUGCUGAGUUGCAGCCCUGGCUAUUAUUUAGAGGGUCAGAGACUCAUGCUGUGUAAAACUAAUGGAACAUGGAGUGAUGCUGAUGAGAGACCAGUGUGCAAGGUUAUUUCCUGUGGCAGUCUUCCAUCUCCACCAAAUGGUAAUAAGAUUGGAACUCUGACCGUGUAUGGAGCCACAGCAAUAUUCACCUGCAACACUGGCUAUACCCUAGUUGGUUCUCAUGUACGUGAAUGCCUAGUGAAUGGACUUUGGAGUGGCACUGAAACUCAGUGUCUCGCUGGACACUGUGGUUCUCCAGAUCCUAUUGUAAAUGGCCACAUUAGUGGAGACGGCUUCAGUUAUCGUGACACUGUGGUGUACCAAUGUAACCCUGGUUUUCGACUUGUCGGCACAUCUGUUCGGAUAUGCUUGCAAGACCACAAAUGGUCUGGGCAAACACCAGUUUGUGUCUCAAUCACGUGUGGCCACCCUGGAAACCCCGCUCACGGAAUGACCAAUGGCAGUGAGUUCAAUCUGAAUGAUGUUGUGAACUUCACCUGCAAUACUGGAUAUUUGCUUCAGGGCGCCUCCCAAGCACAGUGCCGGAGCAAUGGGCAGUGGAGCAGCUCCUUACCUACAUGCCGAGUGGUGAACUGUUCAGAUCCAGGCUUUGUGGAAAAUGCCGUUCGCCAUGGGCAGCAGAAUUUCCCAGAGUCUUUCAAGUAUGGAAUCAUUGUGGUGUACCACUGCAAGAAAGGAUUUUAUCUUCUUGGAUCGUCUGCUCUGACUUGUAAAGCUAAUGGUUUUUGGGACAGAUCAUUGCCCAAAUGUUUGCCAAUUUCUUGUGGGCACCCUGGAGUCCCAACCAAUGCAAUUCUGUCAGGGGACAAAUUUACGUAUGGAUCUAUAGUUCGCUACUCUUGUACAGGAAGUCGAACUCUCAUAGGAAACUCUACUAGAGCAUGCCAAGAAAACAGCCGCUGGAGUGGAACUCUCCCUCACUGCUCAGGAAACAACCCGGGAUAUUGUGAUGAUCCUGGAGUGCCAUCCCAUGGGUCCAGACUUGGGGAUGAGUUCAAGAUAAAAAGCCUGCUACGUUUUUCCUGCGAAAUGGGUUAUCAGCUGAGAGGUUCCCCAGAAAGAACAUGCCUCCUUAAUGGAUCUUGGUCUGGCUUGCAGCCAGUAUGUGAAGCUGUAUCUUGUGGCAAUCCUGGGACACCAGCCAAUGGCAAGAUAGUCUUCAAUGACGGAAUUUCAUUUUCUAGCUCAGUCAUUUAUGCCUGCUGGGAAGGUUACAAGACUUCAGGACUAACUACACGACACUGUACGGCCAACGGGACAUGGACUGGCUCUGCCCCAGACUGCACAGUGAUCAGUUGUGGAGAUCCAGGUGAAUUGUCAAAUGGCAUCCAUUUUGGAAGGGAUUUCACCUUUAAUAAGACGGUCACCUAUCAAUGCAACCCAGGGUACCUAAUGGAACCUGUUGGUGCAUCCACCAUACGCUGUACGAAAGAUGGCACCUGGAACCAGACUAAACCCAUCUGCAAAGCUAUCACAUGUGGACCACCACCCCAGGUGGUGUAUGGAAAAGUAGAAGGCUCCGAUUUCCACUGGGGAUCAAGUCUAAGUUACAGUUGUGCUGAUGGGUAUCACCUUUCCAAUUCUGCUAUCCUGUCAUGUGAAGGGCGAGGAGAGUGGAGGGGAGAGAUCCCACAGUGCCUGCCUGUCUUUUGUGGAGAGCCUGGUACACCAGCCGAGGGGCGACUCAGUGGCAAAAGUUUCACCUACAGAUCUGAAGUGUCUUUUCAGUGCAGACCACCUUUGAUACUAAUAGGAUCUUCAAGGAGAAUAUGCCAAGCAGAUGGCAGUUGGAGUGGAAUUCAGCCAACAUGCAUUGAUCCUGCUCACAACAGUUGCCCAGAUCCCGGCACACCCCAUUAUGGAAUACAGAAUAGUUCUAGAGGCUAUGAGGUUGGGAGCAGAGUCUUUUUCAGAUGUAGGAAGGGUUAUCACGUGCAGGGGUCAACUACACGCACUUGUCUUGCAAAUCUAACUUGGAGUGGCAUACAGCCCGAAUGCAUUUCUCAUGCUUGCAGGCAGCCAGAGACACCUGCAAACGUGGAUGUGAAAGCAAUUGAUCUGCCUACCUUAGGCUACACUUUGGUGUAUACGUGUCAGCCAGGAUUUUUCCUUGCCGGUGGAUCAGAACACCGAACGUGUAAGCCAGAUAUGAAAUGGACAGGAAAGUCACCGGUUUGUAAAAGUAAAGGAGUGAGAGAAGUUAAUGAAACAAUAACUAAAACUCCAGUUCCUUCAGAUGUAUUUUUUAUAAAUUCAUUGUGGAAAGGUUUUUAUGAGCAUCAAGGGAAAAGACAACCUGCAACUCUAACCGUUGACUGGUUCAAUGCUACAAGCAGUAAAGUGAAUGCUACAUUCAUUGAAGCAUCUAGCACACAGCUCAAGCUAUCAGGCGUUUACAAGAAAGAGGAAGCCCAUUUGCUUUUGAAAGUCUAUCAAAUUAAAAAUCCUAGAGAGGGUUCUGCAAGCAAGUUUGAAAAUGGCAAGUGGGCCUUAGAUGGCUAUGUGUCAUCGGGACUCGACAGAGGUGUCUUCACAUAUCAAGGUGACAUACACGGAAAAGAUUUUGGAAGAUUUAUGCUCCAAAGACAAAGUCCUUUAAGUGCGGGCGCAGAUCAUCCCAAUCACUUCUAUGGUACAAACAGCAGUUCUGUUGCAGCUGCAAUCCUGGUACCGUUCUUUGCUCUAAUAUUAUCAGGGUUUGCAUUUUACCUCUACAAACACAGAACAAGACCAAAAGUGCAGUACAAUGGUUAUGCUGGACAUGAAAACAGCAAUGGACAAGCGUCAUUUGAAAAUCCUAUGUAUGAUACAAACUUAAAACCCACAGAGGCAAAAGCUGUGAGGUUUGACACAACUCUGAACACAGUUUGUACAGUGGUAUAGCCUUCAGUGCCCAGUUUGACUGAUUCAUAGCCAUACCUCUGAUGGACAAGCAGUAAUUCCUUUGGUGCCAUAUACCAGUUUCCCUUCUCUAGGCUUCGCUGCUGUAAUCUUUUAACAUCUACCGGCAUAGACGCAGCAAGGCUUUCUGGUGAAACGUCAAGUCUUCUGGGGAAUCAAGACCAAGAUAAUUUCUUCAUCUCAAAGGUGGAUUUGAAAUACCUGGCUGCAUUUGCUCCAAAAUCAAGGCACACUUUGAAGGAAGACUGCCAAGUCAUAUCCAUCUGUCAUAUUUAAAUGCCUCAGACUUUCACAUUUGUAAGUGGCUGGAUGCCUUUCAAUGCAAUCUUCUGGGCACUCGGAUCACUCCGUUGGGAACUGUGACAAAAAAUAGCACCAUAAAUUAUCCCCAGAAAUAAGAACAUUCAGGAGGAGAUUUAAACAACAACAACAAAAAGAAGCUUUCUUGAAGGAGAAGACAAGACAACCUUCCUCGGGGGCUGCACACAUCUACAAAAUGCUUUACCAUUGAAAUCUUGUCAACUGUUAGAACAACCCUACAGUAUAUCUCAGAUAUUCAUACAUAAGGCAGUCUACAAACUUCCCAGUCAGCUGUUGUAUUGCAAAAUGUUAAUGCACAAUUUUUUGCACUAGUGUGGUAUGAAUGACUGAGUAUGAUACUGGUUAAAAACAAAAACAAAAUAUACAGGGUUUAUACACACUAUCCAUUGUAUAUAAGCAUUUACUCAUCUUUUUUUGUGUGUCCUGUGACGCAUUCCAUAAUAAUUUUACCCAGCACGUAUGUUAUACAAUGACUCCUUCCCCUAUUCCUGGCAGAGUGACUUGUGACUAUGAAGAGACUAUAUUUUGGUUCAUUUUCCAUGUAAACUCCAGUACAACCCAGCCAGAUUUGGGGGUGGUGGGGGUGGGAAGCCCAUGUUUACAAAUCUUCAUUCCCAGCCUUGUUUCUGUUUUCUCUCUCCAUUCAUUCUUUUUUUCCUCAGCAUCAUACUCUGUAACAGCAGGGGAGUCAGGCAGCUACUGCUGCUUGUCAUGUACAAAAUGUGAAUAGUAAUUUAUUUUAGAUAGUUCAUAAAGCCUGUGGGCCCGUGCUCACAAUACAGUCUUCCCUUUUGCAUUUGUUUGCCAUCUUUCUUUUCCACGUGGAACUACAUUGUUUUCUAAUGUUACAUAGAACUUACAAAUGCAUUGCAAGGGAGUAUGUGAAACUCAAGCCACAUCCAACACGCAAGCCGCCACUGCAACCACUACGCUUUCCAAUGGGGUGUCUGUAUGUGUGUGAGUGUGUGAAUGUCUUUGUUGGCUACAUUUUUAACCAAUACUGCUUGAUGCUUUUGUAAUCACACAGCUUGACAGAGCAAGUUUGAGAUGUACCUGGAAAAACUCCUCAAAGUUACUGUAGCAAGGGUUGCCGCUAGCUUCUCAAAAGAAAAAUGGGGACAUGGCAAAAUUAACUGACAGGUUGCUGAUUCACCCAAGUCUUUUACCUAUAGUACUAACUCAUGGGUGGCACAGAGAGAAGGAUAAAGAAACAAUGGGGACAGCUGUGGCAUGAUUAGACCUCUGUUGCUGCCUACUCCUCAGCUCAGUAGGCUAGGGUGAAAACCAGAAACAAGGGAGCAAGAGUGGCACCAGUACAUACUUUGACCUUCCUUUAUGUCAGAACUUUCCAAAAAUGUUGGCCGCACCCACACUAAUUUAAUCAAACCAACUAUGUUACCUUUCAAAAAUUAUAUUCAGUUUUAUACUGUAUUUCUAUUGGUUUCCGACAGAGGGACAAACACCAUUGUACAUCGCCAAUGAUUUGCCAGCUGACAUUUAAAAACAAACAGAAUGAUUUAUAUUAAUAUUCUGACACCUUCACAUCAAGUACACAGGCCAGGUUCCAAAAACCUGCACUACUGGUUCCACACACCGAAAGGAUCUUUGGAGUUGUGUUUCCCAAACAUUACCCCCAGAAAGUCAUAUGUCAAACCACUUUUGACGAGGCUUUCAAAAGCAGGUUGUCAUACGGCAGGGGCAAUUUUUAUUCCUUGUUCAAAGUGGGGGGAGGCAGGAAUUCCACUGGGCACAUUCAAGCCCUUGGGCAACUCAAGUAGCUCUUUGGAUCCAGUCCAUUACGAACCCCGACACCAAACUAAACCAAUCACCAAAAAUAAGCAUUAGCAGAAAAGAAUAUAUAUCAGGUUAUGUUAAAUAGCAAGAAAGAGUCUGCAGGGCAAUCUUUGAUCAAAGUAGAAAAACUUACAUGAUUUUUGAUGGAAGAUACCAGCAAUGCCAAUAAGUUUAGCCUCUUCAUCUGUUUUUAAAGAAAAAAAUGUUUAAUAUUAGAAACCUUGGCACUGUCUGGACAUUUGUGCUUUGCUUUAGGGGCAGAUUACUUUUUUAUUAUCCCACGUGCAUUUACAAUUUUAUAUGACAUCUGACAGAUUUGGGCAUUCUCUGGAAGGACAACAGUGAUCAGAACAAAAUAGCGCCCCUUUCAUAAAGAAGCAUUGCUUCCAGUGUAGAUUGCACUGUUGUAUACUGGAGAAAGGGAAACACUGAAGUCACUUUAUUUCAAUAUUAGUGAUAGCAGAUGUAACCAAAGUCAUGGGGGCGGGGCGGGAGAGAAUACAAAAUAUGAAGGGAGAAUGGGUUUGGGUUCUCCCCCCCCCCCUCCGCCCAAUUCAUACCCUGUCUGGAUGAAGAGUAAGAAGAAGGAAAGUUUUGUAAAAUAGUGUUACCACCCUAUGUCCUGAUUGGGAGAUCCAAGUGUACUUAUAUGCACACAUGGAUCUCUUGUAUACUGCAGGGUGAGGAGCUGGUUCAUUUCAAUGGACUGGGCUGCACAUGAGAAAGCAAGUUUGUGCAUGGGUUGGCUCCAUUCACUGCAAUGAACUGAGGGAGCUUUUCAGACAAAGGAGCUCCAUGGAUGUGCCAGAAGAAUUCAUUAGAGCACGCUUUUCAACUUUUCAUUCUUUAGAAUCUGAAAAUCCUAACUUGAUUUAUUCUAGGGAAGUAUAAUUAAACAAGAAAUAAGGCUGUUCACGUUAGAAUAAUAAACCAUCAACAUAUUUUUUUUUACUUGACAGAGGCAAAACAACCAUUUCUCUCUGAUAUGCUCCAAUCUUCAGUUGUUACUGAACUUCUCAUCUGCGGUGUCACUCAUUUCAGUGAAACUACAGAACAGAACAUUGGUUUGUACCCACACAGCAUAUCUGGAGAUACGGCCCUACCUAAUAAAAUAGGUCCAUGGCUCGUGUGUGUGUGUGUGUGUGUGUGUGUGUGUGUGUUUUCCCCCCUUUGUCACCUCUGUGCCUAUCUCUCGAAGGUUUUCUGUUCCCUUUGGUUUUGUUACAGUUGCGUUGGAUUGCACACUGACCAGGUUAAAUCUUCCAUUUCUAACACUCCUUUUCAGGCUCCAUGCUUGCCCAGACAUGCAUCAGGUUCACCACCCCAACAGCCCAGAUCUUCAAAGUGCCACCUCCAAAGUCCAUUCACUUGAGUAGAGCCUGAAUUGCAGAGUGACUUGAAUAGUAAAAUUGAGGUCUGUCGUAGUACGGUCAUGCCAAAGGCAGUAUGAAAUCUCUGUGAUGUGUUUACUGUUGACUCUUUCCCCAGAAAGGAGCAGAAUGAUUAUGAUAAAGCAAAGGUAAACAUACUCAAAGAAAGAACAAUCAAAAACAGGUUAUGUGCUUCAAAGCUGUUUAAAUCUGCUGCUUGUAUCACCCAUCUUGCCUUUCUCCAGGCUAGCUGCAAUAAUUUUUUUCUUCUGUAAUAUAUUUUGUAAACAAAACAAAAAAAAACUGUUAUUAAAGAAGGGGGGAGGGGGGGAAAGCUGGCAUUAUGAUCAAAUCAAUCUAAUUUUCAUUCCCAGUACUCCAUUUUGCCAUUUCACGACAUGCUGCUGUGACAUGAAGUAGGUGCAAAAGAACUUUUUUGUACAGAGAUAUAUUUUUUAUGAAAAAUUUGUAAAAUUAUUAAAUAUGCUGUACUUUUUGAUUAAUGUAGGUAAAUUGUUAAAAAAAUGUUUUUACAAUACAAAAGGAGAAAAAAAAAUCCUGUAAUUUUUUCCCAAUACUGUAAAAUGCACCAUCUUUAGCUGAAUUUUCAGUUCUGAACCUAUUACACUUGUAUUAAUAUUAAAGUGGCCUGUUUAAAAUAUACAGUAAUUUUUUUGGCAAAAGAAGUAUAAAAGACUGUAAUAUAGCCUGUGCAAUGCCACCUAUCUUGA